AUGAGCAGCGAUGAAUCGUACACCCCCGAGGUCUCGUCUCUGGAACACUCUGAGGAGAACAGUGGACUGAAGGUGGUGUUAACGGCAGACAUUGCGACUGCAGUCAUCAAGGAGGCAAAGGAUGCCAUUGAGGCAGGCGAAGUUUCAGAAGACCUUCUCACUCGGAUUGUUCAGUACUACUUGGCCGUAACAGGAUCAGAUCCAGAUACAACAGCAUAUUCGAUAGUGGAGGACUCCGCAUAUGCUCUAUUUGCGCUGCAUGCCAUACAGUUUCUGCCCACUAUGCUCAGCAGCACAGGCCCCUUUGCAACCAAUCAUUCUAAUGUCAACAAAGUUAGUACAACUACUGUGCGGAUUGGCCACAUGCGGACUGUGUAUUCGUCCACGGUUCGGCUUCUGACCCGGUACGAGUCUGCAAGUGCACAGGAGCAGUACGUACUUCCUUACUUAAUCAUCCUCAUCACAAGAUUGCUCCCCACGGCAAUGGAGCUCUGUGAGCCCCAGGACAGAGAGACUUUCCUCCAAGUGCUCUAUCAAAAUGCAGAGAUUGCCUUGUCAUCGACGGUCUGCCUUCUGGAUAUAGUGCAUGCAGUUUAUAAUGGCUAUAACUUUACUGGACCUUUAGAAGACUUAUAUGCUGCCCUGAGCGCAGAAGAGGAGACUGGAAACCCAUGUGACUCGGAUUCCGAAGACCAGGCACAACCUGCGUCACUCACAAGUCCUGCACCAAAGAAGAAGCAGAAGGAUGGUAAGAAACGUAAGUAUCCCUUGCUUUCACUAUCUAUCACACACCUGCUGACAGAACUUGUCACAAUAACAACAGAGUACGAGGAGGAGUGCCAAAGACUGGUUCGUUCUCUUUGGUCGAAGUAUCUCAGCCAGCACGGUCGACCACGCCUAACACAGAUAAAGGCACUCGGGAUACAGCGGCAACUUAUUGUUCAUGUAUACACCAAGGCCCCGCGGAAAAUCCUUACAGAGAUGCUUCUAGGUUUCAGCAAACAGAUUAUUUCUCACAUUAGAUGCUGUUUUGUUGGGAAAGGCCAAUUACUUUUCACGAGGAGCAGCACAAAGAGUGGAAAAGGGAAAAAGCGCACAAUCUUUGACGAUCCCACCAGGAAAAAGGGUGGGAAAAACGCAAUAAAGGAAGAUGCCGUUCAACGGUAUCGUGAUCUCUGCAGCUGGGUCUUUGUUGCCUCUGUGGAGCUCUCCCUUAUGGUGAUAAAGGCCUGCAAUCUGGCCAACCUUGUACAUCCAUAUAUAGAGAUAUGCUUCUAUUACAAUGAGGUCGUCCCAUCGUCUCUCCGCUUUUUCCCCUGCCGUGUCAAGAUUUUAACCGCCAUGACAAGGUUAGCAGAAGGCCCUGACGGUAAGAAACCGCUGUACAUUCCCCUCCUUCACAGUGUCAUGGAGAUGAUUAUUGAGGCGGUCAAACCUGCCAGCAGCAAUAGCAACGCAGGCGGGGGCACCUCCUCAUAUGCAGAUAGCAUCGGCAAGUGGAGGUCACGUAUUCUGGCCGAGAAUGCUGAGGGGACGCUUUCUGGCUCUCUCCUGAGCCUGAAUGCCUUGCUUCUUUGCCCCAAGGAGCUUGCUAGUACCCUAAUUUAUAGAAAAACAGUGUUCUACGAAAGCUUGAAUUUGUUUUGUACAAACAUACUACCCUAUCUUUAUCAUCCCUCGUUUCCAGAGCUCAUGUAUAAGCCCACACACUAUCUAAAGCAUCUUGUGCUUUCAAUGAAGGAGAAGGAGAGCCUCUUGGGCCACGACUACAAGAUCCAUUACACAUCGGUGAUCAAGCCGACAUAUAUGGAAAUCUGCAUGAUUCUAGAUGGAUUGCGUCGCGCAAUUAACAGACACAUUGCACUGAUGGUUGCUGUACGGUUAGAUUUGCGGUUACACACAAAGAACCUUAUAGAUGGAGACAUCUCGGCUGCUAUGAACGCAAUCAGAAAGCGCGUUAUCGAUGACGGGUUUACCGUACAGGGUGCAGAUGAAGAAGCUGGCAGUGAAGAUGAGAACAAUAUGUACAAUCAGGGUGUCACUCAGCACAAGGUCACGCCCACACUAGCGCAGCUACUUGAGAAGUACACAGCCAUCAAAGGAGAGCGUACAGUGCUUCAAAAGGAAGAGCUGGGAGACUCUAAACGAUACAAGGUUCUGGACCCUAGUGAUGAAUCAAGUAAUAGUUAUGAUUCGGACGAGGAGUAUAGCAACGAGGAUUCGAAUGAGGGCUCCAACAAAGAUGCUCCUGACUUUGCUGCCAUGGAAAAGGAAGACUCUGAGUUGAGUAGUGGCAGCAGUAGUGGCAUUGAUCUAGCAGCCGACUUCAACGAAGACAUCAUCAAUGACCUUGUUCUGCCCAGCUCCUGA